UGAGAGAAGCAAAAUGUACACAAAAAGUGCAAGAGAACCAGUCGGCUUUUUUCGUUGGUUGAAUCGUGAAUAUCCGUGAGCGUGUUCGUUCGUCGUGCGUUUUUUGUGAGUGCAGUUAUGAAAAGAGGAAAUCUGCAUCGACGGCGACGGGUUUCUGGUUAAAAUGAACGUCAUCUCGUCCAGUUUUUGGUGCCGCCUUCUUCGGUUCCAUUCCGAUUAGCGCGAAAGUGAAAAGAGCGAAUCCCCUCCUAACUGGUGCACGUUUCUGUGAGGAAAAGCAUAACAGUGAAACGUUACACAACCCGCGCGGUGAAAGUGAUGCGUAACGGUGCCGCAGCUCCCCUUCGAAGGCAGUCCGGCUCAAUCGUACCCGAAUUUCGCCACUCCGACUGGUGGUGAUGAGUAACAAUAGUUAAUAAGGAUCAAAACCACGCACAAAAUUCGGGACAAUUUUAGCAAUGGCAGUGCUACGGAAUCGUUGAGCAAGGCCUUGAAAUCGAGAAGCGCAAGUCGAAAGUGUCACCGCUAGCGGGUUGCUAUUUGUGGGAUGGCCGACAAAUAAAUCAACUUAGCAAAUUUACGAAAUGGUUCCACGGGGUGCCGCACACGAAUUCCUUGGUGUUGUGACGAGUUUCCGGUGCUCAAGCGAUUCCUCGACCCGUUCCAAGUGCACGAAGUUCACGUUCUUAUCACAGUGACUAAUUUUUGUACACGAGCGCUGGCCUAUUUCGACGGGUUCCGCCGGAUUUUUAAUCUGAUAUCAGCUUUAAUCUGCUAAAAAUAAAUCCUCGCGCGACGUAACACACGAUGGCCGCCAACCUUUUCCGCGUGCUGUGGCGGAACUGCUACAGGCUAAUUGUCUCCGUUAUCGUCAUUUCAAUAGUCACCUUGGUGAUUGUCUACAAUAAGGAAGAUGAGUUUGACAAAGAGUAUCCUUUAUUGCUCGUUAAUGAACAGCUGGUGGUGUGUUACGAAAACAGCACGGACUCACGAAAGCUUCCGUACGUAACGGACCGUCCUGAAGCGACUGAUGAACCGAGCACUACGCAACGGCACCUGCGACGUCGUCUAUUUCCAACGGCGCUUCGAUCGAAAGGAGAGGUGCCUAUGAUCUACUUCGUCACUCCAACUUACCCGAGGCGCGAACAAAUAGCUGAAAUCAUUCGUCUUGGCCAAACGCUUAUGCAUGUGCCGUAUAUACACUGGAUAUUAGCUGAUGAUACGGAGACCUGUAGCCAAACGUUGAACAAUCAUCUAAAGCAAUUUGGCAUUCCUUACACGCAAAUUGCCAGCCCCAUGCCGGAAGUGUAUCGCACCCGGAAGAAUGCUCCCCGGGGAGUCGCCAACCGACGGGCGGCCCUCAACUGGAUACGGGCGAACGCGAAGAAGAGUGGCGUGCUGUACUUCGGUGACGAUGACAACACGUUCGAUUUGAAGCUCUUUAGUGAAAUUCGGUAUACGAAGAAGGUGUCCAUGUUUCCGGUGGGGUUGAUCGGCGAUUAUGCUGUCAGUACACCGAUCGUGCGAAACGGACGUGUGGAGGGUUUCUUCGAUUCCUGGCCAGCAAAGCGCAAGUGGCCCGUCGAUAUGGCGGGAUUUGCCGUUAAUCUUGAGUACCUGGCGCACAGCCCGAACGCAACCAUGCCGUUCAAGGCGGGCUAUGAAGAGGACGAGUUUCUCAAGAGCAUUGGCCUAAAACUGCAGGACAUCGAACCGAAGGCCAACAAUUGCACAGAAAUUCUCGUGUGGCACACACAAACCAAGAGUAGCAAGUCGCCCACCGUACGAAUCUCUAUGGACCGACAGAAGCUAGAUAAAGUGAACCUUGGCUGGCUACUGAAGCAGCUCGAAACUAUGGGUGUCAAUCAUAUCAGCGAAUCGGAAGGCACAACUGCACAGGCAAUCGUGGAUGGUAGCGUAAAACCACUAUCAUUUUGGUUCAGCUAAUUGCGGGUCACAGCGCCAGUACCAUGUAAGGCCAUAACAGUUUUAAAGGAUCUCUGAGACACAUUGCUGUGCACCACCAUUCAAUAUUUCUCCACUAUUUUAUGGUUUAACGUCAUAGGUGUUUUGAAACUGGACCGACGAUCUUUGUUUUUAUUAAUGCACAGUUUGUAAUCUGCACUGUAAAAUGGUUCCCAUCAUAUUCGUUUUGUUUGACUGUGAAGGCGUUGGCUCUUUCAAAUGAAUUAUUCAUUUACGUGUGUUGUUUUAGCUUAUAAAGCAAACGAUUUUCUCAUGCCAAAUAUUAAUGCUUGUCUUAAGCUCUCCGACAGACGAAUUACAAUCGAUUAAGUCGUACAGUGCAAAUCAUCGCCAAGCGAACAAAUAACUUAGUUGUUUGACAACAGUCAAAGAACGAAGCACGAAGCAUUGCUUGGGGGAAGAUGGUCCAUGUCACAUCAAAUUCUGGCAUGAUAAGCACAAGAUUUACAAACAGAACAAUCGUGGAUAAUAAGCGAUAUUUAAUGGUAUUUAAUGGUUUAGCUGCUUCAAGUACGGUAUCGAUUUAAAGACACGCUCGUGUGAUAGUUCAAGUGCUACGCGAUAACUGGAUGUUUUGUGAAUGAUUUGCUUCCAAUAUUUGUUAACUCUAUGCAUCGUCUCACGGCAUCCACUCCAACAAAUGACGCUGGCGGAAAGAAACUUAUCUUAGCGUUAGGAAAACCCUGUCUCCAUUAGAAUACUUGACUACGUUGCACAACCCGCAGUAAGAGAAACAAUCAUGUGAUCAUGGCAAAACAUGUGAGGAGCUUUAUUCACCGCUUUAUGUUGGAUAAGUUAUUGUUUUACACCAUAUCAAUCAGUUAGUUUUUAUCCCGACAAGAGUUGUGAUGUGUUUGGAAAACGUAGAGCAGUUUAAAAUAAUGAAUCUGAUCUUAACAUAAGACAUUGUUAGACUUACUUGGCCCUAAUUUUUGAUGAACAAUUAUGCGGCACUCACGAUAUGUGUUAUCGGUUAAUAAUUACGGAUCAGUGAGCCACGAAGAAAGCAACUUUCUUUCCCAUUGACCAAGCUAGACAAUGAUAUUGAAGAUACAUAACGAUCCCAAAUGUAUUUUAGUAUCCAAUUCCUUGUGGUAUGUCCGUUUUCCGACAGAACAGUGAUUACAGAAUUCUAUCCUAGGUUUGGUUGUCGUUCUUCUUACGUUGUGACACAGUAAAACUUAAAAAUGAAAUAUAGUGGGAAAUUGAACGUAAAAUUUCCUACAUCAGCAUUCCAAAAUAGAUUUUUGGUUGAAAAAUAGCAGUGAAGUAGCAAGACCGUAAUCUAAGCUAGUCUCAUCCGAUCGUUAUGAAUGUGGAGAGCGGGAAGGACGGCAGCGAGUGGUACCAGUACCUGCGGGCACUUGUGAGGGUCUAUAUGUUCGCGUAGGAUAGCUUAGGUUUCCUGUGAUAUUAGUUUAAUCAUGGACUAGUUUGCACAAUAUUGAGUUCAAUAACGAAAGUAAUGCACAAAAAAUGCCCCCAAAAAACUAGAAGAAACCGAUGGAACAAUAGACAAUGAUAGAUACAGGUAGAAUUGUUUUGAGAUUAAGCAUCUGAUACACAGUUGGUUGCCACCAGCUUAGUAAUUAAGCCCGGACUCUUACGCAGCGAGUUGAGAAGUCAUUUGUCAUUUAUGGUUAGUUACUUCCAUAUUUGAGGAAACAUCAAAGCAAUAUCGUCACAAUGCGGUCUGGCCGUUAGAAAACGGAUCUCUCUGUGUGUGCGCCAGGGCAAACGCAAGAACCAAUCCAUCUCGAAGGCAGGAACCCUUUCUCAACGUCUUAAAGUUGUCGCUUAAACAAUUUUACUUGAUUGAACCAUUCGCUAGGUACAAGAACCACUAUUAUUCUGCCGCACCACGUAGAUCCUUUGUUAGUUCCUUCAGAUCGGACGAUGUUAUGCCAACGAUACCACAUGCAAAAAAUUACCAUACACACCGUGUACAGACCUUCGGUGAACGGUCGUCUUCGAACGAAUAGCGGUUACAUUUGUAUAAUUCAAUUUUUAACAAAUUGCAAAUGGUGUGUGAGAAAUACCGAUUUUGAUAUUUGCGGGUUUCAGAUCGAAAAAAUAAAUAAAUCAAGGUAAGA